GCGACGGCAGGUGUCCUGCCUCCAUUGACCGACCAGUCGACGGUUGGCAGGGCCACCGCAAGGCCACCAAGAAUCAAAGCCGAAAGAGUGUGAAAUGUGAUAAGCUUCCUGGAAAACAAAGUCUCAGAGUGAAAAGGGGAAAAUUGCGGUGGACAGUGCGGAGAGGAAAAGAACAACCCUGGCCAUCACCGGGCCCAAAUCGGGGGCAGGCCACACAUGUCAAUCAAAGCUGUCAAGGGAGUGACGAGAAGGAUCCAGGAAAAUGGAAAUCGAAUUCAGUUAGCAACAAACCACCACACAGAUGGCCCUGCAAAGUAAAUACUGUUUAAAUUUGUAGGUCUCCCCAUAUUACUUCGCAGUUUCGGCAGUUUUCGAUAUAUAAUACAGAAAUAUAAUACACGUAUUCCGAAAGUGCUCUUCGGUUUGCAAAAUAAAAAAAUAUACACAAGAAACCGAGAGCCUAUCUAUCUAUCUAUCUAUCUAUCUAAAAAAACUUUAACUAAAAAUAUCAGCCGUCAUCGGAAACUUUCUCUAUUCGAUUGGCCGAAAAAUGGCUGACGUCGAUGAGGAUUUGUACGUGAACGAGUCCUUCGAGGACGACUCGGAUGUCGAACAGGAACAGGAAGACGAAGCGGAAAGAGACAAGGGCAAGAAUGAUGACGAUGACGAAGACAUCGACGAUGACGAUGACAAAGACGAUGACGAGGACGAUGACGGAGACGACGAUGACGACGACGUCGACGAGGAUAGUAGUACGCUAGAAGAUAGCGAGGAUAGCGAUGCCGACCCCAAAUUGGAGUUCCUGCUCGGCAAUCCACAUGCCCGGCGACAGCUGCUUCGCUCCCUCGUUGGUGCGCGCACUCAAAUCCGCAGGAUUUCAGCCUAUUCUAGCUCUUCGUCCGAUGACGAGAGUCAGGUGGUCAUUACCAAGACGGUGGCCGAGGUGAAUUCGUUGGCCCUCGGCAGGGACGCGUCGUUGGAAGAUGGCCCGGAAUCGGCGCGUACCCUCAAACCAGGCAGUGCCAGGUCCAAAGAAGACGUGGGCAUUAGUGAUUCGGACGAGGAAGUGGACGAUGAAGAAGAGGAAGAUAAAAUGAAGUAUGGGGACCAUAUCGAAAUCUUGGAUGAAGACGAAGCGGACGGGGAAGAAGAAGAAGAAGAAGAAGAAGAAGAAGAAGAAGAAGCGGAAUAUUCGGAAAGCGAUGGCGCAGUUGACUCUGACGAGGAAGCUCAUGAGUCGCCCGAUAAUGAUAUAUAUGGAACCGAUGAGGACGAGGAGACACAUCAGGAUGCGGAUCCGGAUCCGGAAGAGCCUGAGUCCAAGACCAAGACUGAUCCGCCGACAAUCGUUGCCCCAGCGGCCCAGAACGUCAUCACUGUGGAAGAUGACAGCGACAACAGCAGCGAGUGCAGCUCCAAGUGUGCUCGCAAAGCCUCCCCCCGAGGUUAUGAGACGGACAUGAGCCUGAUCGACAAGAAACAUCCGUCACAGCUGCCGGUGGAGGCGAAGCUCGAGGCAAUCACCGAGCUCGAGAUCGAGAUCGACACCGAGACCGAAACUAAGAUUGAGACUGAUACUAAGACAAAGCCGGUAAUCGAGCCACCAACUUUGAUCAACGGUCUCACUAAGGAGCAACUUGCAGCGGCCAUGCCGUCCAUGUCCCAGCUGGAACAAUUUAUCAGCGAGAUGAACAUGAACGUGCCAGACAAUAGCUUUAUGAUGGCGCCGGAUAUGGCGGCCGUCAAGCUUCUGGAACGCCAGAUGUCGCAGAUGUCUGCGAUUAUAAUGAAGUCAAUCCGCAUGAACGGUGGUCUGACCAACAAUCGAACACUUGAUGGACCGUCUAUGCUAGCGGACAUGCUGCGGGAACGAAGUCCGAAAGUGGAAGACGCUGGAGCGGAGUCGACUCCGGCUACGGAAUCGAGCCUGACGAGCGCUCGCAGCUAUGAUACCGGCGAUACUGGUGUUACUUCUGAAAAGAUGUGGACAAAAAGAAUGGAUCCUCAGGGCUAUGAGGAGAAUAUGAGCUCAGUGGGCUCGCGUUCCCAUUGCCGUUGUCCUUCAUCCACAGACUGCAUGGAGACGGACCCCGAGCCAGAGACGGUGAUGGAUGCAGGUGUCUAUAUGGACGAGUGCGGCCAGGGGGACGGCCUGAUGCGUCAUCCGCACCAGCGGCGCUCACCCGAGUUUCAGCACAGCCUAUGUAGCAUCACCCCGAGCAGCUUCACCAGCGACGACUGUGCCCGUGUCUUCAAUGUCCCGCGGUCACGAUCGUCCACCGAAAAGAUAAACUACAAGAAUCUGGGCCGCAAGAGCUUCAGCUUCACCAAUGCACAGAUGCGAGAGAUCGAGCGGCAGAACCAGAUCUUGCUGCGAAAGAUGAUGACGGUCAAGCCCACGGCCACGAUCAAGGCCAGCACCAGCGCCUUGAAGUGCAACAUCAACGCGACUUCCAAGCUCCAGCCACCUGCAGCAGCGCGUCUGUCCAGUGCGGCAAUCAAUCGGAAGAAGUACCAGCGCCAGAUCGAUCUGGAGAACGAUUUGAUCAAGCGCAAGCUAAAUGCUAUACACACGCGUCGUCCGAUAUUCAAAUGAAGCCCCGUUGCGGCAGCCCAAACUGUGUUCAUAGUUUCAUGUUUAGUAAUGUUUUAUAAGAGUUUACGAAUUAAAAUUUAUUGCAAGUUGAAAAAUUUAUAAAACGAUGUAAACUUAAUCUAGAUGGGUGUAGAUGGCUAAAUUUGUUAGCUGUUCCUAUAUUAAAAA